CCACCGCCUGCUCGAAUUCGACCUCCAUUCCCCACCGAUUUCCUCACCCUCCACCACCUCCUUCUCUCCAACAUGAUGCUCGUCCAGAAACAACCGAACUUCAACAUAUCGUCGCCACACUUCGUACUCAACCACAGAAAGCAUCCAUCAGCUCCUCCAGCCGUCAUCGUGCAAGCAACACGCACACCAGGCCUUUUAUCUAUUCAACGAGCUCAGCAGCGGGUGAAUCCAUCUCCCAAACCAAGACAUGCGCUUGCUCGUGUAUUCCAGCCGGCGCGGCCGGACACACAACAGCAGCUGUUGAAGCCUUCCCCAGAGAUCGUUGAGAAGAAGCCAUCUCCGCAGCUCUCACCAGAGAAACGGGGCCGGCAACUAGCAAAAGUCAAGGCCAAGACGGCAAGGAGCUCUUCCCGUUCACCUGUUCGAGGUCGUCGUAACCAUACCCGUCAACCUUCUCCGAAGAAUUUGAUUCAGAAUCCCUCGCAGGAUGAGGUUCCCUCAACACCGACACGCAAAUCUACGGCUGCUAAUAUUUUCGAUUCCUUUUCGGCCGAUUUCGAUUCCUUGGACGAUUUCGUUUCCCCACCUGUCCGCGUGGCUCCUACUCUCGCUUCGCAUCCUUCUGGCAAGCUCGCCCGUCGCAGACAACCCCAGGCAUCGGGCGAGCUCAGUACUCCGGGCAGGGCUAUCCCUGUUCCCCAGCACCUGAAACCUAUUCCGCUGACGCUCUCUCGGUCUUUGCCCGCUCGACCAUUCAAAGGAAAGACCGCUCCUGACACUUCCAAUUGGAAGCCGUUCCCCAUUUGCGAUGAUUCUAUCGAGGCUGGCACGAUUUUUGAUAACUACAGCCCUCCGACAACCCCUACCCGCCAGCGCCCGUCACGGUCUAAGCGCUUUGACGACGGCCCUCGCACUGCACCUCUCACGAGGUCAGUGACAGCCUUCUCGUUCAAUUUGUCGCCGAGCCCUUCGGCACCCAAGAAGGCUAGCCGACAUGUUCGUGUUUCCAGCGAUGGGGUCUUUCACAUGUCAGAUGAGGACUUGUCCUCCCAGUCCAUUAGCGAGGAUGCUUCGAGCUCGGAUGAGAUGUCUUCAGGACCCAGGCAGAAGGCACUGUGUGCCCCUAGACCCGGCAUGACCCAGCAAGAGAUCGAAGGGUACUUUGCGAGUUCUACGUUCCAAAACUCACCCAGCCCGGAGGAGUUGCCUCCACCUGCUUUUCUGUAAUUUUAAUCUAUCUAUUUGCUAUGAGUGUGCUGGAGUGUGGAGCUCCUUCGAUUUAAAACCUCCUAGGGUCGUUAGAUUCGUCCAUAUCGCUUUCAUUGAUACCCCCCUCUCCUCAACCACGACCUCGUUAAUCGGCCACCGUGUUUUUUU